AUGAAUUUGGCUAGCAAAACCGUGCCGCUCACAGCAGUGACGUACAAGGACAAGGUACAAAGAGACUCUAGAUACAAGAAGUUGGACGAAACCGAUGUCAGCUUCUUUCGUCAAGUCUUGGGAAGUGACAAUUAUGUUAUCACCAACGCCGAAGAUCUCGAUUUCUUCAACGAAGACUGGAUGAGAAAGUACAAAGGUCAAUCAGGAUUGGUUUUAAAACCCAAGACUACUGAGCAAGUCUCUCAGAUUUUGAAGUAUUGUAAUGACAAAAAGCUUGCAGUUGUUCCUCAGGGUGGUAACACUGGUCUUGUGGGUGGCUCCAACCCAGUCUUUGAUGAGAUCAUCAUCUCGCUCGCAAACAUGAACAAAAUUAGAUCUUUUGACGAUGUCAGUGGUAUUUUGAAAUGCGAUGCCGGCGUGAUUUUGGAGAAUGCUGACGGAUUUUUAGCUGAGAAGGGUUACAUCUUUCCUCUUGACUUGGGAGCGAAAGGAUCUUGUCAUGUUGGAGGAGUGGUGGCCACAAACGCCGGUGGCCUCAGAUUGUUGAGAUAUGGCUCAUUGCAUGGCUCCGUCUUAGGAUUAGAGGUUGUCUUACCGGAUGGCACCAUAUACAACUCUAUGGAUGCCUUAAGAAAGGACAACACGGGCUACGAUUUGAAGCAAUUGUUUAUUGGCUCUGAAGGUACCUUGGGUAUUGUCACUGGUGUAUCUGUGUUAUGUCCAGCAAGACCGACUGCGACUAAUGUUGCAUUCUUGGCCGUUUCAUCUUACGAAGCCGUGCAAAAAGUGUUUGUUGGUGCGCGCAGGGAGUUAUCUGAGAUUCUCUCUGCCUUCGAGUUCAUGGACGGUAAGUCCCAACUUUUGACCGCUCGCUAUUUGAAGGCUGAUCAUCCCAUUGAGUCUGGAGAAUAUCCCUUUUAUGUGUUAAUCGAGACCAGCGGUUCUAACCGAGAUCAUGACAUGGAGAAGAUCGAGACCUUUUUAGGAAAUGCCAUGGAGGAAGGUCUCGUGGAUGAUGGUAUUAUUGCUCAAGACGAGACUCAGCUUCGUAAUUUGUGGUCUUGGAGGGAAUCUAUUCCAGAAGCAUCUGCUCAUGGUGGCGGUGUUUAUAAGUACGAUGUUUCCAUCCCAUUGGAGAACUUGUAUGGCUUGGUCGAGGCAGCAUCUGAUAGAUUGGGAAGCGCUGGCCUUGUCGAUUUUGAUGAUGAGUCCAAGCCUGUCAUCGAGGCAAUAGGUUAUGGUCACAUUGGUGAUGGGAACUUGCAUUUGAACGUUUGCGUUCGUGAAUACACCAAAAACGUUGAAAAGCAGUUGGAACCUUUCGUCUAUGAAUGGAUUCAGCAAAACAAAGGCUCCAUCUCUGCGGAGCAUGGUCUUGGAUUCCAGAAGAAGAACUACAUUGGCUACUCGAAGAGCGAUAUAGAGAUCAAGAUGAUCAAAGAAGUCAAAGAGCAUUAUGAUCCCAACGGAAUUCUCAAUCCAUAUAAGUAUAUCUAA